GGGUAAAAUAAAAGAAAUCAGUAUAAAACGUUAAUAAGUUGAACCCUUUUCUUUUCUCUUCACUUUGAGUUGACUGGCAGGGCAGAAAUCUCAAAUUGAUCCUCUCAGGGUGUGGUGGAAAAAGGUCAAAAAUGGCAGAAGUGAGUUUGGGAAUUCUAAUUGAUAUUGUUGAUGAGGAAUGGAUGAGAGACACUCUCCCUCAAGAUGAUCUUCCUCUGCCCCCAACACUGGUUGUUCGGACAGAUGAUACUGAGGACUCAAAUCAGCAGAGUCAGCAAGUUAAUGGGGAUGCUUGGCACGAUCUUGCCUUGGGCCAAGAAUAGAAGUUUAGUCAACUAGUUUCAUACUAAGUAGUAAGUUGAUGAUUGCGCUUCCUUUUAGUGGACUAGGAACUCUCCUUUUGAUGUCCCUGAUAUAUUAUAAUGUAUUCAAGUUUAUUAAACUAUUUCUAUUAAGGUGAUAUAAAGGAAUUCGGGUGUCAUUGCCGAUUGCUUGCUGUCAUGAAAGCACUCUUUGUAUUUUCGCUUUAAGUUUUAAGCAAAUUCAGGGCAACCUAUGCCUAAUGAUAAAGUAU